UCUUUGCUAGGAACCGACGGCAUAGGGUCUCCACUGAAUAACCUCUGUAUCGUCUUCUUCUUCCUCACUUCUUCUUCUCCAGCAUAUACCAGCCACUUCUACAGCAGAGAAAACCCACGAAAACCCUCGCCAACCACCUCUAAAAACCCCCAUAUCUUUCUCAUUUCUUCACCAUUUCACCUCAUUUUUGUCUUAAAAGUUUCUAUUUUCAAUAUCUAAUCUCACACACUAAAAAAUUUUUGUUUUUUCACCCAUUUACACUGUACCCGAACCUAUUUUAAAAAAAAGUGGUGGUUUAGUUUAAUCUCAACGUUCAUUAAGGUAUAAAUAUGAUUUCUGUUCAUUUUAUUAAUGUACAUUGGUAUUAUUUCGUUUUUGUAGAUUUUUUUUAGGAUUUUUUCAUUUUAUUAAUAUUAUAUUGUGUGUGCUAUAGGUGGCCGGAUUUUUGGUCACAAUUUGUCGCUGGAUUACGUUUAUAAGGUAAAUAUUUAUUUACUUGAUAUAUAAUAUAUAUGUAUAUAUUUUGUAUUUUAUUAUUGAAUAUGUGUUUAUAUAUAUGUUGUGUGUAUGUAUAUUGUGUAUAUAGUACUAUUUGUGUAUUUUGUGUAUUUGUAUUGUAUAUAUAUUUGUUGUGAAUGAGAAUGAGAGGUAGUAGGAAUUUAAUUAGUUUAGAGUUAAAGUUUUUAAAAUAAUGGUAGUGUGAUAUUUAAUUGAUGAUAUAUGUAUAUAUAUGUAUAUGUUAUUUUUUAAAAAAUUAACUAUGGAAAUUAGUAACUAGUAACUUGCUACUUUGUUUAAUAACUAGUAAGUAAUUUAAUAAUUAAAAUUUUAAUUUGGUUGUAUAUUACAUUAUGUUAUAGGUUGUGUGCUAAUAUUUGAGAGUCGAUCGACAUUAUGUUAUAGUUUCUUUGUUCUGUAUUGUUAUAUUUGUUUUGUUUGUUACUUUAGGCACUUUUAAAAUUUUUGGGAAUGUCCAAUUACAGCCGUUAUGCUGCCAAAAUUUUGGUAGAAUUUAGUGUUAGUAGCAUGAUUAUCAAUUUUGUUUGUUAAUGAUGUAGAUAUGACCAACUCGAGUUCAGGAUCUGAUUCAGACCCAGAGGCAGAGUGUCCAACAGUAAUACCUACAAAAGGGCCUACUCAAAUGAAUGAAAUAUCCAAGCUAAUGGAUCAAGGCAAAAGAGUGGCCCUCGAGGUUAAUGACAAAGGACAAUACUGCGGGAAAAGCUAUGCUAAGCUCGUAUCCACUCUAGGUGUCAGAUGCCGGCAGACGAUAGGGUUGUCCUAUAAAAACUGGAAAGAAGUCAACCCGACUCUAAAAAAUAAUGUUUGGAACGACAUACAAGUAAGUUGUUAUUUGUUAGAAUUUUGAUUUGUUUUUCUAUUAAUUCAAAUGUUCACUCUAACCGUGUUUGUUUCCCUUCAAACUAGACGGGGUUUAUUGUGCCGGACUCCUUCAAACAUGAUUGUCUCAUCCUAGCUGGGAAGUUAAUGAAAGACUUCAAGAAUAGGAUGACAAAAGACAUCAUAAUGCCAGCGUUGCAAGAGAAGGAUCUGGGAUGACUGGCACAAGUCCCUGAAAAGUAUCCCGAGAUCGACGCUGCUGAUUGGUGCACUUUUGUUGAAAGUCGACUAACUCCUGAAUUUCAGGUACGCUAAUUAUAUUAACACUAAUAUAAACUCUUAAAUACAAGUACAUGUAUGUAAUGUAUUUUUUGGCAUUGUAGGAAUUGAGUAAGGUGCAACGUGAACGUUCAUAGAAAAUUCAAUCCAGACAUCGUAGUGGUCGGAGUGGAAUGGUGAACGUACGGGAAGCUGUGGUAAGUAAUGCUUAAAAUUUAAUGUGCUAUAAUUUGCUAUAAAAUUUAAUUGGUACUCAUUUAAUUGUUAUAACGUGGUGUAGAAAAAGGAUCUCGAAGUUGCAGAUCCCCCCCUCCACCGUGUUUGGAUUAAAUCUCGCACCAAGAGUCGAAAACUUGUCACUGAUUACGACAAGGAAAUUGCAGAGAAGAUAGUAAGUAUAUAUUAAUCCUUAAUUGAGUUCUACUCAUGAGUUAGUGUAUAUAGUUCAUAUACUAAUUGCUUGAAUAUAUGCGUGCAUUAGGCUUAAUUAGAGGAGAAGCUUAGUCAGGGACAAAUUCAGGUCCAGGGCCAAAACGAUAUCCUGACGCAGGCGCUCGGGACACCAGAGCAUCCUGGACGUGUCAGGGCUACUGGGUAUGCUAUUACUUGAAAUGUUAUUUAUUUAGUUACACAAAUAAAAUCGUAGCUAAUUUGCAUUUUAUGAUUUGUAGGUUCCUGACCAGGGCAUCUCAACUGUUCGGCAGGAAGAAAAGGGGAGUGUCUGAUGUUGUGGCUCGGCAAGCGAAGGAGAUUAAAAAAUUAAAAGAAGAAGUCCAAUCCGUUAAGCAACAGAGAAAUGCUGCCGAACAAGAGGAAGAAGGAGAGGUGGCUGGUGAGGCGUAUGUUCCACAACCAUACGCUCCUGAGGAUGAGGUACAACCACAAACUUAUGCUGAGGAGUUUAUUUCCCCCAACGACCAAGGUAUCCUGUACAAUUUCGAUGACCAUGCGGCCCUUAAUCAGCAAGUACAUCUCUGCUCUGACAACAUCGACAACAUUGUGGCCCGAGCGUAUUUGUACGAGCAUGUUUGUAAAAUCACUGUUCAUUGCCAGGACUACGAUGAUUCAGAUGCCCGAAUUCUGGAGUCAGAAAUCCUGCAAUAGGACGCUGAAAUCCCAAUCCCAAUUGAAGGGUGCAGAUAUGUUAGGGACGUAUCGCAGAUGUUCCUUCCUUGGCCUAAACACUUAAAUCUAACAACCGAGGUAACUUCUCUUAUAAAUUAAUUCUUAAUGAUUAGUGGAGUUUGAAUAUCUUCAAUAUUCAUCCGUAGUGAAGUAGGUUCUGCGAAUAUAUGUGCUGCGGUGGGAUGGAUGAACAAACUACUGUUAUAUAUGUGUUAUCUGUCGUUAUACAGGCAUGUUUAAAAUUUUUCGGGCCAUUCAAUUACGACUGUUAUGCUGCCGAAAUUUCGGUAGAAUUUGGAUAAAAUUUGAUAUAUUAUGUUCCGUUUUGUUUAGGGUCCACUGGCUCAACCGCCCUCAAGACGUGAUGUGUCGAAGGGGAAAGCUCCGAUGCUUUCUCCACAAGGCGGUGGUGCACGGGAAGAUGACUUGUUCACGGAAGAGAAGAUGGCGUUGAUCCCUAAUUCGCUAAAAUGGAUGAUUCGUGAAUUCUUGAGGCUCAAAGAUAAACGUGAUAUAAUCACAAUUCCUGUCCCCCGAGGAUUCAUUGCACCGCGUACCCAGAUCACGUUAUCUGGAGAGGAUUUGCAGCAGGUUGCUACGUGUGACUACAUCGGCAACCAGGGAAUGCUGUUUGGAAUGAUGCACAUAUGGGAGAGCAUCAACGGUCUGAGGAAAAUUUUCAAGUUUUACGACCCAGAGCUUCUCAUAGUGCAUGGGAUCACCGAUGAAGAAAAGAGUCAGUCUUUUGACGAUGCGGCAAGACGAUUGGCUAAUUGGUUAUCAUUAAUGAAUAACAACCACCAAAUGUUCUUUAUUCCUUGGAAUAUCGGGUAAACUUUAUUAAAUUCUUUAGUGCUAAUUGUUCAUUUCUAUAUUAUGUCUUGAAAUUA